ACUGGUUUGAAGAGAGCAGCACCCAAAGGUGGAUGGUUGAUCUCUCCAAACUGGCUCGUUCAUGUGAGCUGCUGCAGUGGCCAGCGCUUGCUUCGUGAAGGGGGUGUAUGGGGUGCAUUGAAGAGCCUACCUCAGGACAAACACCUGGAAAAUGCACCCCCUCUCCAGGGCCAGAAGGGGAAAAACCCAUCAAGCCCACAUGGGAGGAGCAGGGAAACCGUGGAGGAUGUUUGUCAUGGUGAGAGAUGUCAUCAGCAACCAAGGGCUUAUAGGGCCCCAACAAGAGCAGGAACCGCUGUCACAGCAGGGGAAGGUGCAGAAGAGGGGUACCGAGAGAGAUCUGUGGUCCUAAUGAUGGACCCCCCAAGCACCUCCCUUCCUGCCAGCCAGCUCACAGACCACAGACUCAACAAUUCCUGCCGCCAGAUCCAAGAUGAGUUCCUCUCUGUGACACUCCCUGUGAUGUACUCCCUCAUCUUCAUUAUCGGGCUGCUCAGCAACACCCUAGCGCUCUGGGUGUUUUCAGGCAGUGUGCAGCGCAGGACCUCCAUCACCGUGUACAUGAGGAACCUGGCACUCUCUGACCUGCUGCUCUCUCUCUGUCUGCCCUUCCGCAUCACCUUUCAAAGCAAGAGCGAGCCUCUGAUCUUCUGCAACAUCAUUGGGAGCUUCUUCUACCUCAACAUGUAUGUCAGCAUCUCAUUCCUCAGCCUGAUCAGCCUUGAUCGCUACCUGAAGAUCAUCUGGCCCUUGCAGAAAUUUAGGAUUCACACUGUGUCCUGUAGCACCAUGGCCUCUGCAGUGGUUUGGUUGGUGCACAUAGCAUUCAUGCUGCCUUUCUUUUUUGAGACAAGAGGAAAAGAGCCUUGUGACCACAAAUGCUUCCACUUCAGGAGCAAAAGCACCACAGCAGCAGCUUUUAACAUGGUCGCAGUAGUCACUUUCUUCAUCCUGCUCUUGCUCUUCCUCUACUUCUACAGCAAGAUAUUUGCCAGGCUCCAAAGAGUCUCCUCGGUGAAAGCUCAGCACCUGAACAAGAGGACCAGCAUGAGAACGAUUGCCAAGACCUUCAUAGUCCUGAUCAUCUUCAUUGUAUGCUUCACCCCCUAUCACGUUGUCCGCAUUCCUUACAUCCUCGCACAAGUGGAGGUCAUUUCUAGUCUGCCCUGGAAGCAGGGUCUCCACCUUGCUAAUGAGCUUGUGCUCUGCAUCUCAGCCCUCAACAGCUGCCUUGACCCAGUCAUCUUCUUCUUCUUGUCCAGCAGCUUCCGGAGGGCUGUGCUCUGCACCAUCCAGGGCAGGCUGAGGAGAGCUCUCGUAAGGAACCAGGGCAGGCUGAGCCACAAUAGGUCUGUGACAGAGAUAUAGGCUUUCCAUUUAGUCCUGGGACCUUCCUCAAGGAUUUGCUUUGACUGCUAUUACUUACCAGACAGGACUUGUUGGGAGAAAGAAAUUAAAACCACUCCAUAUUUCUUUCACUGGCAUCAUCAGGUCUAGCGCUUCCUUGGGAGGGAUGGGGUGGUGGUAAAUGAAGAGAGAAGAACUGGGACCUUACUUUUUUCUGAACCACCUCUGCUGACACAGCUGAAGAAUGUAUUUCCCAGGAAGAAGGAAGGCUCAAAGUAUCGAAGGAGAUAUAGCCUUGGCCUAGGGUCUCCUGGGGAAGGGCAGGUACAGAGCCCAGGAUUCGGACAGGCUCUUGCAAUGGGAGGAAAAGGAAGAGGAAUAGGAAUCCUCUGUGAGCACUUUCUAAGUACCUCAUCACCGCCACACCAGAGAAAACAGGAAAAGGGAGAUGAUGAGUGCAGAAGCAUUGGGAAAAGAAGAGGGAGACACCAAUCAGAACAUUACCUGGGGAGUGGGUGAAUAUUUUGCUCCAUGAUGGAGCCCAGAAACGUGCACUGCAGGGCUUGGAGGACAAGCGUGCUGAGCAGCACUGCUCAGCUGUCACCCUAAACCAGGACCACGAUAACUUGACCUCUCCUGUUGUUACCACAGUCUUUGUAACUCCAGGUCAGCCUCACUUUUCUGUGUAUUCAAACAGACAGCUCUGGGCUUCCUUUAAUGAUUUUCCUUCGCUCAUUUCACUGGCACGUUCACCCAAGACCAGCAGCUUUGCCUGGUGUACUGGUCUGAGAUAAAGCAGAAUUGAUUUCCUAACUUUUCAGUUAAGCCUUUUCUAAGUAACUUCAUUUUCUGAAAGUUAUCUACAUGUUUUUCAAUCAGUGUCUGUCUCUAGGAGUGAUAACACUUAAAAUUUAUGAUUAUCACCAAGCUAAUGGGGCAUUGGUAUGCAGAAAGGCCAUUGUAUAUAUUUAUUUUUAUGGAAGCCAAGGUUAGUCUGAAGUUGGUGGAAUGCUUAAGUAAAGGAGGUGAAAAAGGGUCGCACCUGCAGGGAGCAGUGGACAGGACAGGUGACCCCAAACUGACCAACAGAGUAUUCCAUUCCACAGAUGCUAUACUCAGUAUAAAACCUGCUCUGCAGCAUCACUGGUGACAGGGCAGUCUUCGGAGAGUUUGAUUUUGUAUAUUUGUGUAUAUAUACAUUAUUUUCUUAUUAGUGUUAUUUUACUUAUUAUUAUUGUUUCAUUAAAGCUGGUUAAGUUGUAGUAUCCAACACACAAGUCUCUCUCUCACUUUCCUUUCCCGAGGGGUAUUGUGGAACUCCUUGUGUUUAGCUGGCGAUCAAGCUGGGAAUUUGGGCGAAACUGUGACACCUGCCCACUGCACAGCACUUGCUUUGCACUUGGACCACGCCAAAAAUACCCAGCAAGAGACCUAGCAGCCAAAGGGAAACCACCA